AUGAAUUCGAGUGCUGGUGUUGCGGAGAGCAACCAGUCACAAGAACACAAUGAGACGCAGCAUGAGUAUUUCAUGAAACAGGCUCUGGUUAUGGGAGAGAAAGCCCUUGAGACCGGUGAGACGCCUGUGGGAUGCGUAUUGGUAUACAAAGGAGAGGUGAUUGCUCGCGGAAUGAACGAUACUAAUAAGUCGAUGAAUGGCACACGACACGCUGAGUUCCUAGCGAUCGAAGAGGCACUACAAAAAUAUCCGCGUGUAAUUCUCCGAGAGACAGACCUUUACGUGACAGUUGAACCUUGCAUCAUGUGUGCCUCUGCUCUAAGGCAGUAUCAGAUAAGAGCAGUAUACUUUGGCUGUGGAAACGAGCGCUUCGGAGGCACUGGGAGCGUAUUAUCGUUGCAUUCAGACCCCGGAAUAGAUCAGCCCUAUCCCGUAUACGGCGGUCUCUUUCACAAGGAAGCCAUCAUGCUACUCCGGCGGUUUUACAUACAGGAAAAUGAGAAUGCACCUAAUCCCCGACCAAAGAGGAACCGGGAGCUCAACACGAGCUUCGACGACGAUAGUUGA